AGUUUGUUGGUAGAUUCAACAUGGCGGMGGAAGGUUAACAAACGAUACCAUGAAAGAUCUACGAGAAAAACUGAACAAGAACCAAGGAAAACAACAGCAGAACUACGAUACUACCAGAAAAAGAUCCAGAGAAGGGUCUUUUGCGAAGCAUUCGAGUAAUGACGUGAAUGUCGAGAUCCAUAAAGUACAACAAGGAAUCAAGCAAAGGAUCUUGUUUGACAGGCAAGAAUGCGAUACAAUUGAGGCGAAAAUCAAUGAAGUAGUUGAACAAGCUAAUUCAGGGGAAUUUAAAGAAAAGACUGUAGAUAGAGCUCCUCUCCGAGUCAAGUAUUUCUUCGGAGAAGGCUAUACUUAUGGCAAGCAACUUGCAGAAAAAGGACCUGGGGGAGAAAAGCUUUAUCCAAAAGGAGAAGUCGACGAGAUUCCACAAUGGAUUCUUGAUUUGGUUGUUUCAAGGCUCGUUAAAGCAAGGAUCGUACCUAAAGGUUUUAUAGACAGUGCAGUGAUAAAUGAUUAUCAGCCAGGAGGUUGUAUUGUAUCACAUAUUGAUCCUCUACACAUCUUCGAUCGCCCUAUCGUUUCUUGCUCGUUUUUCAGUUCUUGUUCAUUAAGUUUUGGUUGCAAAUUUAUCUUUAAACCAAUUCGUACUUCUCCUCCUGUGCUGUCUCUUCCUCUGCCAAGGGGAUGUGUGACAACGUUAAGUGGGUAUGCGGCAGACGAAAUCACUCACUGUGUGCGACCACAAGAUGUCGUCUCCAGGAGAGCUGUUAUCAUAUUGAGAAGAGUUCAUCCUGAUGCGCCACGUCUUGAGCCAUUUACAGUAAAGCCAUAUUAUGAUAAUCCCACAAAUGAUACUACCAAUCAACAAGAGCCAGUCACACAUGAUACUCCAUCACCAGAUACAUGUGAUACCAGUAAGGCACAAGACACAGAUAAUGACGAGGAAACAGAAAACCCUGUCCAACAUUCCCCAAAACCCAAGAAAAGAAGGAUUGUCUUACAAAGGGGUUAUAAACUGCAAGGUUCCAAUAAGRUACCAAAAUAAAUUAUGAGGUAGUAUAAGGAUAAUUCCUGGAUUCUUGGACAAUGGAAUUAGGCAUUCCAUGGACAAAUAGGAAUGCUGUGUCAAUAAUUAUUAUUUUGGACUAUUUGCUAACAGUGCAGCAAUACUGUAUAUCAAAAAAACAUUAUKGACAUUAGCAUGCAGCACUGCAAUUUUUUGUUAAGCCGCAAUAAUUGAACCCUGUCAAAUACAAAGCUAACUUGAAAUUACAAAAAAAAUCAURCUUUUUCUAGAUAACAUUUGUGGCAUUUCUUUUGUGUUUUUCUGUUAGCCUUGCAUUCAAGAUAAUGCACUAUUCUUAAAACUGUCUUGAAUUCAAGGCUAACAUGAAAAUGAAAAAUAAAUUCCUUAAAUUCCAUUGAAAAAAGUGGUCUUUUGUAUUUCCAUGUUAGCCUUGUAUCCACAAUACUUUUAUGAAGGGUACRUUGAUAUUUCUUGUUGCGUUUCUGCAGAAUAUUAUAAAUGAAUAAGAACUGCUACACAUUUUUGAACUAGCAUGAUAGAACAAUAAUUUUAAUAGUCAAAAACUAGGAUUUGUUAUAACAUUAUUUCUAAAUGUUGCCAAAAAAAUGAUUUAUUGAAUGCUGAGAAAAKAAUUAUUAUAUUAAUGUACUUUUUGUAGUUCGUUGCUUUUAUAGGCUGCCAUCUUUGCAGAUAAUGUUGCAGUUGACUAAACUGCUCUGAAAUUCCUUUGUAAUAGGACAGACAAUAUGUAAAAUACAAUUAUUCCUAACAAAUAACUAAAUGAAUUUGAUAUUAAUUAAUAUUCAUUGAAGAAUAAAWAAUGUUUUUUGUGAUAA